CAAAACCAUUUCACAAACACUUCGAAAGCACUUUAUAGCUCUCUCUCUCUCUCUCUAGCGCUCGCUCUCUCGCUUGUUUAAUCUAAGCUCGCCUUCUCCUUAAACAUGGCCCCACCAGAACUGGUCCCAGUCUCGGUUAAACCCGCUCCGUUUGCCAAACGCACAACCUUGCCCAGCCGGGCUUACGUGACUUUCUUAGCCGGUAACGGUGACUACGUGAGAGGCGUGGUGGGGUUAGCCAAAGGGUUAAGGAAGGUCAAAUCGGCGUACCCUUUAGUGGUGGCCGUGCUACCCGACGUACCGGAAGAGCACCGUCGGAUUCUCGACUCACAAGGCUGUAUAGUCCGAGAGAUUGAACCCGUUUACCCACCCGAGAACCAGACCCAGUUCGCCAUGGCAUAUUACGUCAUCAACUACUCCAAGCUCCGUAUAUGGGAGUUCGUAGAGUACAGUAAGACGAUAUACUUGGAUGGAGAUAUCCAGGUAUACGACAACAUAGACCACCUCUUCGAUUUGCCAGACGGGCAUUUCUACGCAGUGAUGGACUGUUUUUGCGAGAAGACAUGGUCUCACACGCCUCAGUAUAAGGUAGGGUACUGCCAGCAGUGCCCUGAGAGAGUCAAGUGGCCCGCCGCCGAGUUGGGUCCACCUCCGGCCCUUUACUUCAACGCCGGCAUGUUUGUGUUCGAGCCAUGUCUCUCUACUUAUCAUGAUCUCUUGAAUACUUUGAAAGUCACCACUCCCACCUCAUUUGCUGAACAGGACUUUUUGAACAUGUACUUCAAAGACAUUUAUAAGCCGAUUCCACUCGUUUAUAAUCUGGUUACGGCUAUGUUAUGGCGUCAUCCGGAGAAUGUUGAGCUUGACAAGGUCAAAGUGGUACACUACUGCGCAACGGGGUCAAAGCCAUGGAGGUACACAGGAAAGGAGGAGAAUAUGCAGAGAGAGGAUAUAAAGAUGUUGGUGAAGAAAUGGUGGGACAUUUACAAAGAUGAGUCCCUAGACUACAAGAAACCGAUCGGAGCCGCCGUAGAAGGCGGCGACGGCGAGGCUGUGACUGUGAACAUGCAGCCCUUCAUUGAGGCUCUCUCCAAGGCUGCUGGUAGAGUUAAGUACGUAACAGCUCCAUCUGCAGCUUAAAUGAAUACAUAUAUAUAUAUAUAUAGGUGAUCACAAUUGAGGCCUUUUCGGGCAUUUGGGUUUUGUAAAUGAUGAUUUACUUCAUCAUCUUUUUCUUAAUUCUCUUUUUUUAUUUUUACUUUUGAGUACUAGUUAAUCUUGUCUGAGUCCCAAACUAAUUUGGAGACUAGUUGUAGUGUGUAUUAUUAAAUACUAUAUUACAGCCAGUGUCAAUAAUAGGGGUCCUCUCCUCAUGUAAUCAAGUUUGUGCAAAGAAGUGGCAUUGUUAGAUUAUUGUAACCUUAGUGCAAUUGAAAUGCGAAUAUGUCUUUAAUUUUA